UUGAGAGAUCAGUUGAAAAAUGGAGACACUUUCAUUAUGAUAUGAAGGUAUUUAAUCAAUGGCUGAAUGAAGUUGAACAGUUUUUCAGAAAGACACAAAGUCCUGAAAAUUGGGAACACGCUAAAUACAAAUGGUAUCUUAAGGAACUCCAGGAUGGCAUUGGACAGCGGCAAGUUGUUGUCAAAACACUGAAUACAACUGGAGAAGAAAUAAUUCAACAGUCUUCAAAAACAGAUGCCAAUAUUCUCCAGGAGAAAUUAGGAAGCUUGAGUCUGCGGUGGCACGAGAUCUGCACACAGCUGUCGGAAAGGAAAAAGAGGAUUGAAGAACAAAAGAACGUCUUGUCAGAAUUUCAAAGAGAUUUAAAUGAAUUUGUUUUGUGGUUGGAAGAGGCAGAUAACAUUGCUAACACUCCAGUUGGAAAUGAGCAUCAGCUAAAAGAAACACUUGAACAAGUGAAGUUACUGGCAGAAGAGUUGCCCUUGCGCCAAGGAAUUCUAAAGCAAUUAAAUGAAACGGGAAGAGCAGUACUUGUAAGUGCUCCCAUAAGACCGGAAGAGCAAGAUAAACUUGAAAAUAAGCUCAAGCAGACAAAUCUCCAGUGGAUCAAGGUCUCCAGAGCUUUGCCUGAAAAGCAGGGAGAACUUGAAGAUCACAUAAAAGAUUUUGGGAAAUUUGAAGAGCACCUAGAUCACCUGCUUCUGUGGCUAUCUCCUAUCAGGAAUCAAUUGGAAACUUAUAGCCAACCAAGUCAAACAGGACCAUUUGAUCUGAAGGAAACAGAAGUCACACUUCAAGCUAAACAACCGGAAGUGGAAAGGCUGUUGUCUGAAGGGCAGCAUUUGUACAAGGAAAAACCAAGCACUCAGCCAGUGAAGAGGAAGUUAGAAGAUUUGAGAUCUGAGUGGGAGGCUGUAAACCAUUUACUUCGGGAGCUGAAGACAAAGCAGCCUGAUCGUGUCCCUGGACUGCCCACUAUUGGAGCCUCUCCUGGUCAGACUGUUACUCUAGUGACACAGUCUGUGGUUACCAAGGAAACUGUCAUCUCCAAACUAGAAAUGCCAUCUUCUUUGCUGUUGGAGGUACCUGCUCUGGCAGACUUCAACCGAGCUUGGACAGAACUUACAGAAUGGCUUUCUUUGCUUGAUCGAGUUAUAAAAUCACAGAGGGUGAUGGUGGGUGAUCUUGAGGACAUCAAUGAGAUGAUCAUCAAACAAAAGGCAACACUACAAGAUUUGGAGCAGAGACGCCCCCAGUUGGAAGAACUCAUUACUGCUGCCCAGAAUUUGAAAAACAAAACCAGCAAUCAAGAAGCUAGAACAAUCAUCACUGAUCGAAUUGAAAGAAUUCAGAAUCAGUGGGAUGAGGUACAAGAACACCUUCAGAACCGGAGACAACAGUUGGAUGAAAUGUUAAAGGAUUCAACACAGUGGCUAGAGACGAAGGAAGAAGCUGAACAGAUCAUAGGACAGGCUAGAGCCAAGCUUGACUCAUGGAAAGAGGGUCCUCACACGAUGGAUGAAAUCCAAAAGAAGAUCACAGAGACCAAGCAGUUGGCCAAAGACCUCCGCCAAUGGCAGGUGAAAGUGGACAUGGCGAAUGAUUUGGCACUGAAACUUCUUCGGGACUAUUCUGCAGAUGAUACCAGAAAAGUCCACAUGAUAACAGAGAAUAUCAAUGCUUCCUGGGGAAAUAUUCAUAAAAGAGUGAGUGAGAGAGAGGCAGCUUUGGAAGAAACUCAUAGGUUACUACAACAGUUCCCUCUGGACCUGGAGAAGUUUCUUUCCUGGAUUACAGAAGCUGAAACAACUGCCAAUGUCCUCCAGGAUGCUUCCCGGAAGGAGAAACUCCUAGAAGGCUCCAAGGGAGUCCGAGAGCUGAUGAAACAGUGGCAAGAUCUCCAAGGUGAAAUUGAAGCUCACACGGACAUCUAUCACAAUCUCGAUGAAAAUGGCCAAAAAAUCUUGAGGUCCCUGGAAAGUUCAGAUGAGGCAGCCCUGUUACAAAGACGUUUGGAUAACAUGAAUUUCAAGUGGAGUGAACUUCGGAAAAAGUCUCUCAACAUUAGGUCCCAUUUGGAAGCCAGUUCUGACCAGUGGAAGCGUCUGCAUCUUUCUCUUCAGGAACUUCUUGUGUGGCUACAGCUGAAAGACGAUGAAUUGAGCCGGCAGGCACCUAUUGCUGGUGAUUUUGCAGCAGUUCAGAAGCAGAAUGAUGUACACAGGGCCUUCAAGAGGGAAUUAAAAACUAAAGAACCUGUAAUCAUGAGUACUCUGGAGACUGUGAGAAUAUUUCUGACAGAGCAGCCUUUGGAAGGACUAGAGAAGCUCUACCAGGAGCCCAGAGAGCUUCCACCUGAAGAGAGAGCCCAGAAUGUCACGCGGCUCCUACGGAAACAGGCUGAAGAGGUGAACACCGAAUGGGACAAGUUGAACGUACACUCAGCUGACUGGCAGAGGAAAAUAGACGAGGCUCUUGAAAGACUGCGGGAACUUCAGGAAGCUGAAGAUGAGCUGGACCUCAAGCUGCGUCAAGCUGAGGUGCUCAAGGGAUCCUGGCAGCCAGUUGGGGAUCUCCUCAUUGACUCUCUCCAAGACCACCUUGAAAAAGUCAAGAUACUUCGGGGAGAAAUUGCACCUCUUAAAGAGAAUGUCAAUCAUGUCAAUGACCUUGCUCGCCAACUUACCACUUUGAGCAUUCAGCUCUCACCUUAUAACCUCAGCACUCUGGAAGAUCUGAACACCCGAUGGAAGCUUCUGCAGGUGGCUGUGGAGGAUCGGGUCAGGCAGCUGCAUGAAGCCCACAGGGACUUUGGCCCCGCAUCCCAGCACUUCCUUUCCACUUCGGUCCAGGGUCCCUGGGAGAGAGCCAUCUCACCAAACAAAGUGCCCUACUAUAUUAACCACGAGACCCAAACAACUUGUUGGGACCAUCCCAAAAUGACGGAGCUCUACCAGUCUUUAGCUGACCUGAAUAAUGUCAGGUUCUCCGCCUAUAGGACUGCCAUGAAGCUCCGAAGACUGCAGAAGGCCCUUUGCUUGGAUCUCUUGAGCCUGUCAGCUGCAUGUGAUGCCUUGGACCAGCACAACCUCAAGCAAAAUGACCAGCCCAUGGAUAUCCUGCAGAUCAUUAACUGUUUGACUACUAUUUAUGAUCGUCUGGAGCAAGAGCACAACAACUUGGUCAACGUUCCUCUCUGUGUGGAUAUGUGUCUCAACUGGCUUCUCAAUGUUUAUGAUACGGGACGAACAGGGAGGAUCCGUGUCCUGUCUUUUAAAACUGGCAUCAUUUCUCUGUGUAAAGCACACUUGGAAGACAAGUACAGAUACCUUUUCAAGCAAGUGGCAAGUUCAACUGGCUUUUGUGACCAGCGUAGGCUGGGUCUUCUUCUGCAUGAUUCUAUUCAAAUCCCAAGACAGCUGGGUGAAGUUGCCUCCUUUGGGGGCAGUAACAUAGAACCAAGCGUCAGGAGCUGCUUCCAAUUUGCCAAUAAUAAACCUGAGAUUGAAGCGGCCCUCUUCCUCGACUGGAUGCGCCUGGAACCCCAGUCUAUGGUGUGGCUGCCCGUUUUGCACAGAGUGGCUGCUGCAGAAACUGCCAAGCACCAGGCCAAGUGUAACAUCUGCAAGGAGUGCCCAAUCAUUGGAUUCAGGUACAGAAGUCUAAAACACUUUAAUUAUGACAUCUGCCAAAGCUGCUUUUUUUCUGGUCGAGUGGCAAAGGGUCAUAAAAUGCACUACCCCAUGGUAGAAUAUUGCACUCCGACUACAUCUGGAGAAGAUGUCCGUGACUUCGCCAAGGUACUGAAAAACAAAUUCCGUACCAAAAGGUAUUUUGCGAAGCAUCCCCGAAUGGGCUACCUGCCAGUGCAGACUGUGUUAGAGGGGGACAACAUGGAAACUCCCGUUACUCUGAUCAACUUCUGGCCAGUAGAUUCUGUGCCUGCCUCGUCCCCCCAGCUUUCACACGAUGAUACUCAUUCACGCAUUGAGCAUUAUGCUAGCAGGCUAGCAGAAAUGGAAAACAGCAAUGGAUCUUAUCUAAAUGAUAGCAUCUCUCCUAAUGAGAGCAUAGAUGAUGAACAUUUGUUAAUCCAGCAUUACUGCCAAAGUUUGAACCAGGACUCCCCCCUGAGCCAGCCUCGUAGUCCUGCCCAGAUCUUGAUUUCCUUAGAGAGUGAGGAAAGAGGGGAGCUAGAGAGAAUCCUAGCAGAUCUUGAGGAAGAAAACAGGAACCUACAAGCAGAGUAUGAUCGUCUGAAGCAGCAGCAUGAGCGUAAAGGCCUGUCCCCACUGCCGUCUCCUCCAGAGAUGAUGCCCACCUCUCCCCAGAGUCCCAGGGAUGCUGAGCUCAUUGCGGAGGCCAAGCUACUGCGUCAACACAAAGGACGCCUGGAAGCCAGGAUGCAAAUCUUGGAAGACCACAAUAAGCAGCUGGAGUCUCAGUUACACAGACUGAGGCAGCUCCUGGAACAGCCCCAGGCUGAAGCUAAGGUGAACGGCACCACAGUGUCCUCUCCUUCGGCCUCUCUGCAGAGGUCUGAUAGCAGUCAGCCUAUGUUGCUCCGAGUGGUUGGCAGUCAAACUUCAGAGUCUAUGGGUGAGGAAGAUCUUCUGAGUCCUCCCCAAGAUACAAGCACAGGAUUAGAGGAAGUGAUGGAGCAACUCAACAACUCCUUCCCGAGCUCAAGAGGAAGAAAUGCCCCUGGAAAGCCAAUGAGAGAGGACACAAUGUAGGGAGCCUUUUCCACAUGGCAGAUGAUUUGGGCAGAGCGAUGGAGUCCUUAGUUUCAGUCAUGACAGAUGAAGAAGGAGCAGAAUAAAUGUUUUACAACUCCUCAUUCCCGCAUGGUUUUUAUAAUAUUCGUACAACAAAGAGGAUUAGACAGUAAGAGUUUACAAGAAAUAAAAUCUAUAUUUUUGUGAAGGGUAGUGGUACUAUACUGUAGAUUUCAGUAGUUUCUAAGUCUGUUAUUGUUUUGUUAACAAUGGCAGGUUUUACACGUCUAUGCAAUUGUACAAAAAAAGUUAAAAGAAAACUACAUGUAAAAUCUUGAUAGCUAAAUAACUUGCCAUUUCUUUAUAUGGAACGCAUUUUGGGUUGUUUAAAAAUUUAUAACAGUUAUAAAGAAAGAUUGUAAACUAAAGUGUACUUUAUAAAAAAAUGUUGUUUAUAAAACCCCUAAACACACACACAUGCACACACACACACACACACACACGAGCGCGCGCGCGCACACACGCACACACAAUGAGGCAGCACAUUGUUUUGCAUUAUUUGAGCGUGGUAUUCAUAUGGAGUUCAUGAUUUCUUUUCUUGCAUAUUAAAGAUAGGACUUCCUCUAACACCACCAAAUGACUGCUUCAUAUUGCUCUUUUGAGAAUUGUUGACUGAGUGGGGCUGGCUAUGGACUUUCAUUUUAUACAUCUAUAUGUCUACAAGUAUAAAAAAUACUAUAGGUGUAUAGAUAAAUAGAUAUGAAAUUUCUUCUUCAAAUGUUCUUGCCACUUCCUAACUGAAAUAAAUUGCUUCAAGUCAUCUGGGUUUAUCUGCUUGGGCAAGAGUGAAUUUUCCCUGGAGCCUGAAGCCAGGAGAACACUACCAUACUAAAAUAUUGUUUCGGGCUCCAGAUGUAUCUAGUUUUAAACUUUCCACUGACAACUAGAGCUUCGAUUUUUUUUUCAGGAACAUGUGAAUAAAUACACAGGACUCACUGUAUCAGAGUAAUCUGUUGGUUGAUAUAUUCAGCUUCCUACUGCUGACUAUGCCAUGGUUUAUAUGUAAUGAUGUUUCUGCAAAAGAGCAUCAGAAGGCAUUUUUCACUCCUGGACAAUAGGAGGAAGAUGGUAGGGGCUGAGGCUUGUGACUCCCCAGUCAAUCCCAAUGAGGGAGCAGCUACUCUGUAAAAGAGUGGGAUGAAUAUUCACCACUCUACAUACAGACAUCUCUAUAAUCACAACAAAAUUGUUCUGCCCUCUUACAUUCAAACUGAAGAGGGUAGUAUUGUUGUUGUUGUUGUUGCUGUUGCUGUUGCUGUUGUUGAUUUUUUAGAUUUUAGAUUUUGUUUUUUCAUUGUGAUGAGGUUUUUUUUUUUUUUUUAAUGCUGCAAGAUUUAAGAUUAGUGGUAAGAAAGUAACCCAAUCACAUGGUGACCCUGGUGAAUGUCAAUCCAGAAGUCCAUGAACUGCAUUUGUCCUUUUUGCAUUGGUUUCCCUGCAAGUAAUUCCAUACAGGACUGUGAGUGGGAAGGUGCAAGUUGACAGUUUCAAGAACAAAAGCCUCUCAGAACCCUCUGGUAAAUCUGACAGGCUAAAUUAUAAACAAAUGCAGAUCAUUGAAAAAAAGAGGAGAAAAAGUGAAGGUGAAAGCUAAGGACUGGUAGGAAAAGCUUUACUUCCUCUUUCACGCCAUUGUAUAACUACAGCAUUUACAAAUCAUCGUUUGACUAGAAAUCACUGUCCUAUUAUUUUGCAAAUCUGUUACCUCUAACUUCUAGUGUAAUUAACUUUUAGAGAGUGGAGUUUGUACAUCAUUAAUUGUAAUUAACAUCAAACACAGCUUCUCAUGCUAUUUCUACCUCACUUUGCUUUUGGGGUGUUCCUGGUAAUUGUGCACACCUAAUUUCACAGCUUCACCAAUUGUCUGUUGUGUGGACGCCAUUCUCUCUUUUUCUUUUAUAAUUUCCAAAAGAAAACCCAAAGCUCUAAGGUUAAAAAAAAAAAACAAAAACAAAAAACAACAAAAAAAACAUUGCGAUUUGGUUUUAGUCUUGCAUUAUUUUUCUCUUUUAUGUGAUGCCGGAUAUUUUCUUUACCCAAGGGUUUAACUAAGAUUUAAAACAAGGGGUUACUUUACAUCCUACUGAGAAGUUUUAAGUUUCAUUCUAAAAUCAGAGGUAGAUAGAUUGAGUGCAUAAAUUUGUUUUAAUCGUUUUGUUUUAUCUUUUAGAUGUUAGAUCUGGAGUGAAUCUAUCAAAAUAUUUGAACAAAAACUGAGAGCUUUAUUGCUGAGUUUAAGCGUAAUUUGGACAUCAUUUCAUGUUCUUUAUAACCAUCAAGUAUUAAAGUGUAAAUCAUAAUCAGUGUAACUGAAGCAUAAACAUCACAUGGCAUGUAUCACCAUUGUUUCCAGGUACUGGAUUCUUACUUGAGUAUCAUAGUAUAUUGUGUUUGAACACCAACACUGUAACAUUUACUAAUUAUUUUUUUAAACUUCAGUUUUUCUUCAUUUUCACAACAUAUCAGACUUCACCAAAUAUAUGCCUUACUAUUGUAUUAUAUUACUGCUUUACUGUGUAUCUCAAUAAAGCACGCAGUUCUGUUUCAAAA